AUCAGAUGACAGUUUGGCAGUUCCAGCAGGUGAAGUCCCAGCUCCUCAGGCUAAUAAUGUCAGGCUCCCAGCAAGCUUAGGGUAUCUUUGGAAAUCCAUAGAGAAAGGAGGACCUCCCAGAUUCCUAGAUAGGUCGGCCUGCUGACUGACGAACCGGAAGCCCCUCCGGAGGCACUUCCCGUCCGGUCAUUGUUCUCACGUCUUGAGGAGCGGAGAGGCUGAGAAGCUCUACCGCGUCCCAGUGUCCCCGGAGCCGACAAUACUCAUUGUGGCCCUGGGAAGAAACUCAAAAAGCUUUUGGAACUUCAAGAUUAGAUGGGGCUUGAGCACUGCUGGGCAACCCUCAGCUAUCAGAAUUCCCCCCUUGAGCAGAGAAGAUGACUACAGAAUUGAGAGAGGCUGUGGCCCUGGCCCCCUGGGACCCAGUGAAGGUGAAAAAGGAAGAGGAAGAGGACGAAAGUCUUUUAGGUCAAGCAUCCAGCCAUCAGGUGUAUUCUGAAAACUGCAAAGUCUGGGCCCCAGGGCAGAGUCCUCAUUCAGGUGUUGAUAUAUCCCAAGAGGAGGAAAAGAGUCAGAAAAUGUUCUGGGACAUGGCAGUGGUGCUGAAAGCUAGACAGGAGGCCUCUGCUGCUGAACCCUGUGGGAGUUGCUCAUUAACAGGGAUUCUGACCAAGAGUGAAAUCCUGGAGCCUCAUGGGAACCCGACCAGUCUAGGUAAUGAAACCAAGAACCUACAAUUAUUGGUUCCUAAAACAGAGACAUGUGAUGAAACUGAAAAGCCUCCCAUGAUAUCAGGAAGAAUCCAGAAAGGUGAUCAUCCAGGAUCAGAGUUAGGAGAAUCUUAUGAAAAAGGAAAUGUGCUAAAGAGGCAGAGAAUAAAGCAGGAAAAAAGAGAUUUCAGAAAAGUGACAGACAAAGACACUCCAUUAUCUGAAAGCUUCAAAGAGGAAGACCAGAAAUAUAAGAAGUCUGGAGGAAAAUAUAGCCUUAGUUCUGGCUCUGUGAAAAAUCAGAAAGUGCAGCCUGGGCAAAAGCCUUUUACAUGUAGCGAGUGUGGAAAAGGCUUUAGUCAGAGUGCAAACCUUGUUGUGCAUCAGCGAAUCCACACUGGAGAGAAACCUUUUGAGUGUCAUGAGUGUGGGAAGGCCUUCAUUCAGAGUGCAAACCUUGUUGUGCAUCAGAGAAUCCACACUGGACAGAAACCUUAUGUUUGUGCUAAAUGUGGGAAAGCUUUCACUCAGAGUUCAAAUCUGACUGUACAUCAAAAAAUCCACUCCUUAGAAAAAACCUUUAAGUGUGGUGAAUGUGAGAAAGCCUUCAGUUACAGCUCACAACUUGCUCGGCACCAGAAAGUUCAUAUAACUGAAAAAUGCUAUGAAUGCAAUGAAUGUGGGAAAACAUUUACUCGGAGCUCGAACCUCAUUGUUCACCAGAGGAUCCAUACUGGAGAGAAGCCCUUUGCCUGUAACGACUGUGGCAAAGCCUUUACCCAAAGUGCAAAUCUUAUUGUACAUCAGCGAAGCCAUACUGGUGAGAAGCCAUAUGAGUGUAAAGAGUGUGGGAAAGCCUUUAGUUGUUUUUCACACCUUAUUGUGCACCAGAGAAUUCACACUGCAGAGAAACCUUAUGAUUGCAGUGAAUGUGGAAAAGCCUUCAGUCAGCUCUCUUGCCUUAUUGUCCACCAGAGAAUUCACAGUGGAGAUCUCCCUUAUGUGUGUAAUGAGUGUGGAAAGGCCUUCACUUGUAGCUCAUACCUACUCAUUCAUCAGAGAAUUCAUAAUGGGGAAAAACCUUAUACCUGUAAUGAGUGUGGCAAGUCCUUUAGACAGAGAUCAAGCCUUACUGUGCACCAGCGAACCCACACUGGGGAGAAGCCCUACGAAUGUGCAAAGUGUGGUGCAGCUUUCAUUUCUAACUCACACCUCAUGCGACACCACAGAACCCAUCUUGUUGAAUAGCAGGGGAGAAGAUGAUCUCCAGCUGUUGGUCAUAACCUACUGUCCCCUCAUAAUAAACACCUCUGUUCUAUUUUAUUCCUCCUUUGUUACAAUAAGGCCUAUGCCCUUUAGAGUUAGUUUUCUGGAAGGCACUGUAAACAUAAGCAUUUCAGAGGCUAAUUUAAAGAAAAUAAACCUAACAACUUAAAAACAA